CGUAAACCAAAAUUCGAACGCUUGGCUUCGCUCUGCCGCCGCUGCGGCAGCGAGGCGCGAAGGUGUGCAAAAGUUGUUAAACGUCUGUGCGUGUAAUGCGAACAGCUUGGUAGUGAUAGCAGCGACUGCGGCGUUUACCAGUCUACCGCACGGCUAAGCAUUCUACAGCGCCGCUGACGCUGAGCGCCUAGGUUGGUUAGAUUGGCUAGAUCGUAGAAACAAGCGAUUUUCAAUUUCAAUAUCAAAACGAGACUAGCGCGUGCUGGACGUGUGUGCUUUUCGCUGUGCGGAAUCGAAUAGGCGUGUAUUUGGAGAGUAUUUUUUGAAAAGCAAAUUUAUUUUGGCGAAGAUCUCAUUAAUAACAGACGCACCGACAAUUUGAAGCAAAAUUUGCAGAGGUUUUGGGUGUUUGAAAAUGUUGGAGAAGCUGUUUUUGGCUUUCUUGGCCAUCCAUGCCACUGGGAUCAUCACUGGACUCUCGGCUAACAGUGGGUCAGUCAGCUGUGGCGGUUUGAUUUGCCGACCAAUUACGGGUAUCUUUACUCGUGAUCCUUUACCAGAAGACGCUUACGUGCACGUAGCCACAAUACCAGCAGGAUCUUCAAAUAUUUCUAUAAUUGAACUGGGAAACAGCAUAAAUUUGCUCGUGCUGCGUACACCCGAUCAGAAAUAUAUAUUUAACGGCGAUAAUGUGGCUUCAGAUAGUGGCGCCUAUGAAGCUGUGGGUGCCGUUUUCGACUAUCAUCGUAUAGAUGGAUUACAGCAUGGCGAUGGUGUCACCGAAUGGAUUACUUGUUUGGGACCCAUUAGAGAAAUGCUAGAGUUAAUGAUAUAUAGCAAAUCUUCGAAUCCGGGUAUCAAGUAUGAGUAUCUGCUGCCUAUCACAUCAGACUCCGAGGAGAAUGAGUUAUCAGUAGAAAGUGAAGGCUUCUUGAAAAAUGGUCCAGAGGAAAGUUUUGCAAGUAAUUCGCGGUCGGGUCGAAGACGUCGCUUCAAUUGGAAAGUUGUUGGCUUCAGCGCCUGUUCCAAAACUUGCGGAGGCGGCAUACAAACACCAAUUGUGCGCUGUGUUCGCGAGAAUCCCGUUCGCUACUAUUCGCAACGCCGUUGCAUGCAUUCUGAGAAACCAAUGCUUAAUGAAAAUCUUCUGCGUUGUAAUACCCAGCCUUGUCCCGCAUAUUGGCGCAUAGAGGACUGGAGUGAAUGCCAUUGUCAACAGGGCGAAGGUUAUCGUGAGCGUGAUAUAAGCUGUGUGCAAGAACUCGCUUCCGGUAUUGUUAUACAUGUUGACAACUCAGCGUGUAUCGAUGAGAUGCCUAAUCCGCGCAAACCAUGCGACUGUCCAAAGAAUAGACGGCGUUCACAUGCUGCCCGCUAUCGUACGGCACAUGCGGGGGCCAACGGCACUAAUCAUCGUGGGCGCGAUAAGAACGACAAAUCUGGCGUUUGGUUAAUGUCCGAUUGGAAUCAGUUCUGUUCGGUUGAAUGUGGUGCAGGUGUCGAAUAUCGCACGAUAUUCUGUGAUCGUACAAAGCCGAAUACUGACCGUUGUGACUCGCGUACUACGCCAGAAAUGACUCGUCCAUGUGAACGAGAACGUGAUUGCGACAAAGGUGAAUGGUUCACAGGUCCGUGGUCACCAUGUAAUGGUAACUGCUUCAAUUUGACACGCAGUCGAGCCGUCUACUGCAUACACAAUCAUGAAAUAGUUAAGGAUGCGGAUUGUAAGCCUGAAUUAAAACCACAGUUGGGGGAGAAUUGUUCGCACGAAGAAGUGGAAUAUUGUGGACCACGUUGGCAUUACUCUGAAUGGACAGAGUGUUCGAAAUCGUGUGAUGGUGGCACUCAACGACGUUCGGUCAAAUGCUUAGAGUACGAUGAACGCGAGGCAGCAAUGCGUGAGUCGGCGAAGUGUCGGUAUUCUCUGCGUGAACCGAUCUAUCGCAGUUGUAACACUCAAAGAUGCGAUGAACCGCAUUUAGAGUUACUGCAAAAUGAUGUUGCAAUCUCCUGUGUGGACGAGUUCAACAACUGUCAGUGGGCUGUCAAGGCGAAGCUCUGCAAUUAUGAUUACUACAAGCAAAAUUGCUGUUACUCCUGUGGUGCCGCCUAAUUACACACAAAACUGCGUGGAGGGGUACUUAGUAAUAAAAUAUGCUACAAUAUUUAAUUAGCAUAAUUUUUAGUUUUUAUUUCGUUUUCUGUUUUAUAUGUAUUUGAAAAAGUAAGCGUAUUAUUCUUAUUUGCAUAGCGAAAAAAACGAUUUGUACUCUGUUUUACCUACGAAAAAGCUACAAAGUAAUCGAUUCGAUUUGUUUAAUCACUGCAAAUUCUUAAAAAAAAUAUUUAUCUAAAAGCUUUUGUGUGAAAUUAAGCUUUACACGUAGGUAUUUUCUAAGUAUUUAUAAUAAUGAAGUUAGAAAUAAUUAUUUAGUUGGUAUUUGUUCUCUGAGUUCUGUAAAUUAAUGCGCAUGAGAGUAAUUCAGAAAUGAGCAAGAAAUUAUUUUGUAUUUUACCUUUGAUUUUUAUUAAUAUCGUAUAUGUAUUUAUUUGUAAGGCACAUUCCAUAUACAUGCGUACAUAUACAGCUGUACUUGCAAUAUUGAGCAGCCGAUUUUGCAUUCAAGUGCUUAAUUUAGCUUAAUACCCUUGCGACAAAGUAUUUCUUUUUUGGAAACAGACAGUUCCGAUAUUUGUCUAAUUUAAAUUAAUUUACUGACUUUUACUUUAAACAUUUUUAAAAUUUCGAAAGAUUUCUUUAAUUAUUUGAAACGAGUGAGAGUAUUUCUCAUUUUUUAAACGAAAUUACAUUACUGAACUGUUAAUAAUCGGACAACAUAAUUUAAAAAUAACUUUUAAGUUCGAUGAUAUAACAAUUGAAAACACUUCUCAACUAGGCUUUACUCGGUAAAAUGUUCGAAUUUCUAAAAACCGUGUUAUUUCUUUUAGAAAACAUUAAAUGCAAUAAUUUAACUAAUGUGUUCUAAUAGUUUUAUGUUCUGUCUAAUAUUUUACAUAAGCAAGUUAAUUCCGUAAUAUAUUAUAACUAAUUUAUAUAUACGAGUACAUAUUUACUCAAAUUAUUUUUAUUUUCUAUCACCUUUUAAGUUUAAGCGACCAUUUAGCAUAAAACUGACAA